CACAGACUUUAAAGCGUUGAAGUGACCAAUGAUUAUUCAACAUGGCGUGUGUUGUGAAUUCCGCACGCCGGUUGUGUCUAAAUUCGUCUGCAAUUCAAAAGUCAGCUAUUUUCCCAUCAACAUUGUUCAAGAGACAGAUUUCAACAACGUCUUGUUUAAACAUAAGAGAAAUCAAGGAGACAGAAGAUGGUGACACACUAACAGUUGAAGCAAAUCUGUUGGAAUCGGAGAGAACUGGUAAAUUAACCUGUAUUGAUAAACCAGAUAAAGGCUGUACCCUGUGUGGAUUUAAUGUGAAGUACACGGAUGUGCUGAUCAUUAGCCAAUUUGUUGACAAGAAUGGUCAGAUAUUACCUCGCUGGGUGAGCGGCCUGUGUGGCUAUCAACAGACCUUGAUGAACCAAAAUCUUCACAAGGCUCAGAGAGCAGGUUUAAUGCCCAAUUUGAGGCCACCACGUAAGGACGGCAAGAAAAGGACGAGCAAUAUGUCAACUUAUGCAUGGAAAAAGUACAACGUUUACUAUGAAGAUUGGGACAAGAUUCCAGUAGCGUGAUUAAUCUUACCAGGAAAUGAAGCAGUCCAAAUUGUGUAAACCUUCAAAAUAUUGAUAAACUAAUAUUGACACAAACUCCCAAAAUAUUAAAAUUAUAUUAGGUCAUAUUAGUCACUCAGGUGACUCAUUCACCCCUGAAGGCACAUUUGAACUCUUCCAAUACAAAUGUUGGAAUAGUUCAUUAUAAAAUUUCAGGGGUGAAUGAGUUAAUGCAAUUACAAGUUCUAAUUGACAAUAAAUACAUCUUGAAAUGCGUUGACUGAAAAACAGACAUAUUUUUCACCUGUCCCGAGAUUAUUUUCAGUGAAGUUCAUCCUCGAUAUCAAGGGGUUACACUCACUUACACUCUCUUCAUCCCUGGAAUAUGUCAUAGCAAAACCAAAGGCUCAGUGGCACCGCCUUGUAGAUGAGACAAGACUACUAGUUUGAUCUUUUGCUGUACAUCAAAAGAAUAUGUCAGUUGCAUAAUGGCGAAUGUCUGGCUUUAAAAUAGGGUGUUGGUCCUCUGUAAUCUUCAAAGGACAGGUAUCAGCCUAGCAGUAGGUACCAGGUAGUUAUUUUUUUUUACCCAAGAUCAAUCAAAUUGCUAGCCACGUGCAUUUGCAACGAUAUAUUCCAGAUGCAGAGAACAAAAGUGAGCGUAACCUAUUGAGUAUCGAGAAUGAAUUAAAUGUUGAUGCAUAGGACUGUAAAAGACAGCGACAUUCUUACGACGUUUCUCUGAAUUUGUUUACACUGGUAUCAAAGUUUCAUGUGAAUUCAAAUUUCAGUCUGAUGGAAGUGUAAAAUGGUGGUUGAGUGUUCACACGAGUAAGUCCUGGUUUAGAUGACAGUUGAUCAAAUUUACGAGUCACUUUAGGAAACAUCAUGCCUGUUUUUAAGAAAAUAAUUAGAUAUCUAUAAAUACAGGUUGCUGUAAUACUCGGUGUGAGGGUUAUGCUACGGUUGGUACUUGUACAUCAAGAUAGCUCAUCCAGGGGUGUAGUUUCCUAUUAAGUGUUCAAGCCAGCAGGCAGAUUUUAAAAAGUCAACUAGCGUACCUAUAUUUUCAUAGUACAUUUUGAAAAUAUCUUCACUAGUCCUUUCAUGAAAGCGUAUAAUAGCUUCAUGUGUCUAGCUUGUGGGGUUGUACACCCAUGUUCAUCAAAUUUAAAUCGCUAGAUUAUUAGACUGCAGAUCAGCCAAGAGAAAAUAUAAAGAUUUGUGUGUAAAGCCAAGAAAAAUCUUACUUGGAAUAACUAUGUAAAUUUGUGUGAAUUUGUGUAUGGAUGUAUAUUUGUUGUGAAUGGAAGAAUUUGGAUAAUAAAGUAUUAUCAUUUCA